AUGGGGAGAAAAAAGCGCAAGGUAAAUAUAGAACUGAAACCAUUUUGCUACUAUUGUGAUAGAGAAUUUGAUGACGAGAAAAUUCUUAUUCAACAUCAAAAGGCAAAACAUUUUAAAUGUUUACAAUGUAAUAGAAAAUUAGAUAUAGCAAGUGGAUUAAUAGUUCAUAUGAUGCAAGUACAUAAAACCAAUUUAAGAGCAGUGCCUAAUGCCUUACCAAAAAGAAAUGAUCCUGAGAUUAUUAUAAGAGGGAUGAAUGGAGUACCAACAGAAAUAAUAGAAGAAAAUUUAAAUAAGUUAAAACAAAAAUUAGGAGAUAAGAAUAUUAAAAGACAACAAAGAGUAAAUUGGGCGCAAGUAGCUAUGGCACCUACAAUGGAACAAUUUUUACAACAAGCUCAGAUGGGAAAUUUCUCCUUCCCUGGUUUUAAUUCACCCCUUAUACCAACAAAUAAUUUAUUACCAAAUAGUGGUAAUAGUUAUACCACUACUAAUAAUAGUAAUAGAAACAAUAAUAGUAAUAGUAAUAAUAAUAGUAAUAGUUACAAUACUAGUAAUGGUAACAGUACUAGUAAUGCUAACAAUAACAAUAAUGCUAACAAUAACAAUAAUGCUAACAAUAAUAGUAAUAAUAGCAAUUGUAAUAAUAGUACCUUAGAUUUAAAAAACAGAAAAAAUAUACCAGCUAUGCCUUUUUAUUUGCCUAAUAAUAAUAUAAAUAUGAUACAACCACCACCAUUAGGUGCUAAUAUGUAUUCUACUAUGAAUCAAAAAAAUACAACAUUACCAAACGUGCUCCCUCAUACGCCUUCAGGAAUUCCGCAUAACAAUGUAGCAUCCCUUGGUUUUACAGGAUUUCCUUCAAAUAUCCCACCUCUUCCUCCAAAUAGUUCACAAAAAUAUACACAAAAUAUGAACUUUUCAGGAUCUACUUUUCCAACUAAUUUAUCAACAAAUAUGUAUCAGUCAUCUCAUUCAAUUUAUAUGCCUCCAGGAAUGUGUCAACUACCUGAUCCUCCUUCAGCCCCACCCAUUAUGCCUCCAUCACCUUCACCUCCUAAUAUGUAUCCAUCGUCCACACCAGUAAUACCACCAUCAGCUACUCCACAAAAUAUGAAUCCUACAUCUCCUCAUUCUACCAGUUCAAAUAAUAUAGAUGCAAAAUUGGUUGAAACUGUAUCAGGGGAUAAGGAAAGUGCACGAAAUUCAAGUAAUGAAAGUACAAAAAAUAAUGCACAUCAUACGGAUAAUGGAAUAGCAGGAAGUAAUAAGACAUGUGAAUAA